ACGGCAGCUCUUGAACCACCGUUCAGGCUAUGUCGCUCGAAUCAAUCCCCUCUUCUUCAGCCUUUCAAAAGGCGAUGGAUAACAGUCCCGAAUCCGUCUUUGCAGCCUCGAAGCGCCUCUCCGAACCCGUUCCUCUCGACAAAAUGCCCGAAUGCCCCGUCUGCGCUCUCAAAGCGCGCAUGUCCCACCCCGACCGCAACCCGGCAUGCGGCCAUCAAGACUACCCCACCGACCGCCUCAUCAACCUGAUCCUCAAGUACAUUCCCCCGGGGCCGCGCCCGGUGUGGAACAAGGCCGAGGAACUCGCCAUUUGCCGCGUUGUCUCGGCCUGGUGCGGCAGGUCUGACAGCCGGCGGUUUACGACAUUGAGGCUCUGCGGCCAAUGCCACGGGAAUCACAUUGGCCAUCCUUUCCGCGACGGCUGGCUGCUCAACUCGGCGCUGCCAAGCGUGGAAGCCCCCAGAUUUGUUGUUCGUUUUUAUUUUGACCGAAGGGCAGGGAGCGUUUGGCAGACUCGUCUUGUGAAGUGGAAGAAGUAAAUGGGUUGACGUGGUGGUGUAUCUUGUAUUAUUCACUAUUAUGCUGACCCUGCUGUACACCUUCGGCACUGCUGGCAACUAGGAGCCCGCGCUUUUGCCCGGGCCUCCCGGGCCUGUUGGCAGCAACACAAUGAGGGCAUCCCCCUGCGGUAACCCUUAUCACACGGCACUGCUGAACUGACAGUGUACUGAUGUGUGAGAGUUCGACUUCGGUAUACACACAUGUUGAAUUAAAGUCAAUAGACAAG